AUGCCUAUCAAAUCUUUAGACUUCCGGCUGUAUUGCAGCGACAACGCGCAGGAGCGGCAACGAUUCAGUGAGGACUUAUGUGAGACGCUUUCGGUGUACGGGUUUGCCAAGAUUCGGAACUCGUCCCUUCCCCGGGAGACGAUUGACCGAUUAUUUGAAUUUAAUAAACGCUUUUUCGACCUGCCCAACUCAAGUAAAGCCAAGGCGGCACAUCCAGAAGCCCCGAAUCCUCAUCGCGGAUGGAGCGCAGUGGGGAAAGAGACCUUGAAGGGUACGAGGGACGAUGAGCAAGGGAAGAAGCUGAACGAUGGCUACCAGGAGUAUCGAGAAUCCUUCGACCAAGGCGCCGCCAGCGACACCCUCUUCCCCAACCGCUGGCCGGAUGAGACAGAUCUCCCAGGCUUCCGCGCGUUCAUGGAGGACGCCUACAACCGCUUCGACAAGCUGCACACCCACCUUCUGCGCGCGAUCACAGCCGGGCUCGGCUUGUCGAUCGAAGACCACUAUCUCCUCAGCAAGCACCAGUGCAACACCAGCGAGCUGCGCCUGCUGCACUACCCGGCCAUCCCGCGCCGCACGAUGCGCGCCGGCGGCGGCAUGCGCAUCGGCGAGCACUCCGAUUUCGGCUCCCUAACGUUGCUCCUUCAGGAUUCUGUGGGCGGUCUGCAGGUUGAGGAUCAGCGCGACGGGACACUGGGGCAGUUUAUCCCCAUUGAAUCGGAGAAUGUCUACGAGGUGAUCGUCAACGUUGGGGACUGUCUGCAGCGGUGGACGAAUAGGGCGCUGCGAUCGGCCAACCACCGCGUCACCUUGCCAGAGGCAAAGGGUGCAGCUGAGGAGGACGAUGAGAGUGCGAUGCUACCCCGACGGUACUCGGUGGCGUACUUCGGGAAACCCGAUCGCCAUGUGCUGGUGGAUACGCUGCCUGAGUUUGUGCGGCCUGGGGCCAUCCCGGAGUACACGGAUGGCUUGACCACGUUGGAGUAUAAUCAGCUCAAGCUGGCGAGAACCUAUGGGUGA